AUGCGUCAUGCCCAUGCCCAUACACAUAGUGUCCCGGAAACCACGGCGCCUAGAAAGCGCAAACCAAAAGUAGCGGCAGGAACAUCGCAGAGUGAGGGUGAUAGUAUAACGACAGCCGCGAUGAGGAGCGGCAAUGAAGGCAGACAGGAGUUCUUCUUCGUGGAUGACAAGUCGUCGAAGAAAGGUAAACGAUCACAUGUGAUGAAGCAUCAUGUCCGGGAGAAGCGGAAGGGAAGCCAUGGCCAGCUAUCCAUCUCCAACGAGCAGCAUCCACUUAAUCCGAUAAACCAGGCCGGUGGAAGGCAGGCAAACAUACCUACAUCUACAUCUAUAACGACAUCCGCAUCUACGGCUCCAUCCAACACGAACUCGGCGAGGAUUUUGCUAUGGCUGAAUGGACGAGAGGAAAAAGUAGAGGGAGAAAGGGAAGAGGAUCAGUCGGCGUCGACACUGGCACUGGCAUAUGGAAGGUCAGGCUCAGGCUCAUCAACGCCCACACCCAUUCACACAUUACCUGCUCGACAUCAUAGACCGAUGGACCUCCGCGUACAACCUGGCGCGGGAACACUGGAUCCCUUCGAUACACUACCGCUACAGCUGACGCCCGAGGCUCAGAAGCUAGCAGACAUAUGGACCACGAAACUGGCAUACUGGUCUGGCCAGAACCCGCAUCUGAAGACAUCAGUCUUCCAAUCUGCGAUGCGUGACAUGGCGACCUUCCACGUCGUGAUACUCACGUAUGGCGCGAGGUUUGAGGCGUGUGCAUCUGGCAAUAAGGAGAGAGGGACAGAGACCUCGCGGGCCUAUGUUGCUGCUGCACAGAAGUUGCUGGAGGAUGAGUUGCACGAGGAAAAGAGAAUGGAAGGGGACAAUGACUGGGAUGACGGUGGGAAGAUCGUGAUGGCGCUGGCUUCGCUGUCUGUGCAGGAGGAUCGGUUUGGGAUCACAGAUCGAGGGAAGCCGUACCUUGAAGAAGCGCUAGAUAGACUUCGGAAGGGCCCCAGGAAAGGAGCUAGGAGGAGAAGACAGAGGGACUGGGGCACCGAAGACACUUAUACACAUUAUAUUCGGCUCACGCUGGCUCCCGGGGGAGGGAUUGCGUUGACGCCGGCCGACGGGGAACGACUAGUCGCGUUUGUCCAUGACGCGGAGGCCAUCAGGACAUCGCUGUCGUCGCUGUCGUCGCCAUCGUCGUCAAGCUCGAAGAAAAGAGGAGGAGGGAGCUACCUUGAUGCAUUCCGCUUCCACAGCCCACUUCAUCUCCUUUUGGCAGCAGGUCCGAUUCCCACUCACGUCCCGCCCCACGAGCGCAGAUGGGUGAUCCAGUCGACGUCUGUAGGCCACCAGUGCCGCACCGCCGCACUAAUAUACAUUGUGGCAGCCCUGCUCGACCUGAACGACGAAGAUAGACGCACCCGCUUCAUGGACGGGCUAAUGGGGAAGGUCGUCAGACAUAGACUGGACCGGGAGCCAUCUACCGAAACGCUGCUGUGGGUCUUGCUGGAGGACGACUGGGAGAAGGACCUACGGAACAGCCAUCGGACGUGGUUUGUCGGGGAUCUGAUGACGGCCACGAAGGGGAUGGGGGAGUCGCUGCAGUUCCUGUUCGGGGAGGUGUUGCUGCGCAGCCUGAUGGGCAGGGAGGCCGACCUGGAGAUAUCGGCAGAGAGGUUUGAGAGGGAAGCCCGCAUGGUUAUAGCCAUGACGGCGGACGGCGAUGAUCCAGGUAGACGAAUGCACGCUCUCGAAAUGUGA